AUGGCGUCCCAUUUUUCCAGUGGCGCCGGGGUUACCUUGGUUGAGCUGCCAAAAUCAAACAACUUCACGUCUAAACUGCCUCCUGAUCCUGCUUUUGAGACUCCAGAAAUCUCACACAAGGCCCCGAGAGAAACCCUCGGGCCCCGCAUGGUCAAAGGAGCACUGUUUACUUAUGUCCGCCCGGAGCCGACAGAUGCACCAGAACUUCUAGGUGUUAGUCCCAAGGCAAUGAAAGACUUGGGACUAAAGCCCGGUGAAGAUCAAACGGCGCAGUUCAAAGCGCUAGUCGCAGGGAAUGAAUUCUGGUGGGAUGAGGAGAAGGGUGGAAUUUACCCUUGGGCCCAGUGUUAUGGAGGGUGGCAAUUCGGUUCGUGGGCCGGACAGCUUGGAGACGGGCGUGCAAUCAGCCUCUUCGAGUGCACCAACCCGCACACCAACACGCGAUAUGAGCUUCAAUUAAAAGGGGCAGGCAGAACACCGUAUUCGCGUUUCGCGGAUGGUAAAGCUGUCCUCCGAUCGAGUAUCCGUGAAUACGUGGUCUCAGAAGCUCUAUCCGCUCUUGGUAUACCGACUACUCGUGCACUCUCACUCACCUCUGUACCUAAUGCCAAGGUAUUGCGUGAGCGUCUUGAGCCUGGAGCAAUCGUUGCACGGUUUGCCGAGACUUGGUUGAGAAUUGGCACUUUUGAUCUUCUUCGUGUUCGCGGAGAUCGUGAGCUCAUCAGGAAACUCGCAACAUAUGUUGCCGAAGACGUCUUUGGUGGGUGGGAAUCUCUUCCUGCCAUAGUGUCAGUACGUGAACAGCAAUCUCCCACGGAGAUGGGCAAUCCUCCAAGGGGAAUCUCCCGGGACGAAGUCCAAGACCACCAGGACAUACAGGAGAAUCGAUUUGCGAGGCUGUAUCGAGAAAUUUCUCGCCGCAACGCGAAGACAGUAGCCGCGUGGCAGGCCUACGGAUUCAUGAACGGCGUGCUCAACACGGAUAAUACAUCCAUCUACGGCUUGUCACUUGACUUUGGUCCAUUCGCGUUCAUGGACAACUUCGAUCCCCAAUAUACCCCGAAUCAUGAUGACCACAUGUUGCGCUAUGCCUAUCGGAACCAGCCCAGCAUCAUUUGGUGGAAUUUGGUUCGACUUGGUGAGUCACUGGGCGAACUAAUUGGAGCUGGAAACCGAGUCGACGAAGAAAGCUUUGUGAAAGAUGGCGUGUCGGAGGAUCUUGAACCAGAAAUCGUCACACGUGCGGAGAACAUCAUUGACCGCACGGGUGAGGAGUUCAGAGCAGUGUUCCUGAACGAAUACAAGCGAUUGAUGCGCCAGAGGCUAGGACUGAAGACCCAAGUCGAGUCGGACUUCCAAGACCUCUUUUCGGAGAUGCUGGACACACUUGAGGCCCUCGAGCUGGACUUCAACCACUUUUUCCGCCGGCUCUCUACGUUGCCGCUGUCCAAGUUGGAAACCGAAGAAGGCCGGAAGGAAGCAGCCUCGAUUUUCUUCCACAGUGAAGGUUUCGGUGGAAUUGGCUACACUGAUGACACAGCGAGAGCACGCAUUGCGAAAUGGCUUGAUGGCUGGCGAGCUCGUGUGCUUGAAGACUGGGGCCCAGAAAAUGACGAGGAAAGGCAAAAGGCGAUGAAAUCUGUCAAUCCAAAUUUUGUGCCUCGAGGAUGGAUUCUUGAUGAGGUCAUCGAACGCGUUGAACACAAAGGAGACCGAGAGAUUCUGGGAAGGGUCAUGCAAAUGUCCUUGAAUCCCUUUAAUGAUGAAUGGGGCCUCGACAAAGAAGAGGAACAGCGCUUCUGUGGGGACGUUCCCAACUCGUAG